AAACAGAGGAAGUACACGACUCGCGCUGAGCUCGCGCGCCAGUCAAUGGUACUGCAACGCUCGCGCGUAGAAAAAGGAGCUGCAGCGAAGGCUAAGCCACCACGACGGCGCCUCGGCAGUUUCGCCUCUUCUUCCGCCCCGGCCCGCCUGAUCUUGUUCCCGCGCCGACGAGCGCUGUCGCCAUGCUGCAUGCGCGCGUCAACAUCGCGGAUGUCCGGUUCGGCAACGACGGCGGCUACGACAGCAGCAGCAGCGGUGGCAGCAGCCCGGCCUCCUCCCACUCCGGCCCCUCGGAGAGCGAUGGCUCCAGCAGCACCGCCGACGAGUUCUGCUCCGACCUGCGUGAGUUCCGGCGCCAUGGCUCUAACUCUUCUUCCUCCUCCUCCUCGGUCAGCGACAGUCUCCGCCCGGUCUCGGACUCGUUCGCGUGCGUCCUUGACGACAUCGACAAGCACCAGAAGCGCAUGCUCCUCCUCCUCCCAGCCUUCUCCUCUUCUGCCGGCGCCGGUGCGCGCGCUGACGCGUUGUCUCGCUGGCUUGUCGGGUUUGACGUCGGCUGGGUGCUGGACAUGGACGCGUCUGGAUGGGCCGGAGAGAGUCUCCCGCGGCGGGAAGUUGGGAGGAGGGUCAGGGCUUGGGCGCAGGCACUGAGCACCAUGGAGCGCGUCUUCCGCCUCCGGCACCGGGAGCUCACGGCCGCGCAGGUGACGGCUUUGGGGGAGCUCGCGGCCGCGACAGCCAGCGCGAUGCUGAAACUGGCCAGCACCGUGGCUGCGCUGGGGAGCUCACCGUCGAAGCUGCUCGCGGUGCUCGACAUGUACGUCCCGGUCUCGGAGGCAUUCCCCGUCCUCGGGAGGCUGUUCUCAUGGGGCCCCUCCCACGCCGUCUCGGUUGCCACCGAGGCCACGCUCACCGACCUGGUGGACGCGGCCCGGCGCUGCGGGUACGACCUAAGGGCGUUCAUACGCUCGCACUACCCGUGGCGUAUGCCGCAGGGCGGCGAGGUGCACCCGUGCGUCGGGUUCUGGAUGGGCUACUUCCGCUGCAUGCUUCGCAACCGCAUCUCUCUCUGCUUCGUCCUCGGCAGCGAAGACGACGCCGGCGACCCCGACGCGUCGCCGCUGUCGCCAGGGGCCGAGGGCGGGCUCAGCCUGGUGACGGAGCUGAUCUUGUGCCUGGAAGACGUUCUCGAGGAGAAGUCCGCCGCGCUCGCGUUCCCGGGGCUGCGACAGGUGUUCAUGCUCAACAACACGUUCGCCAUCGUGCGCCGCGCCAUGCGCUCCGACCUCAAGCUCUUCCUGCCGCCGGAGUGGGUCCGCGUCCGCGAGGAGCGCAUGAAGGGCUACAUGAUGGGCUACGUGGACGCGUCCUGGGCACCCGUAGUGUCGCGCUUGGACGGUGGCGGCACGAAGCCAUCCGCCGUUCUCCGGCGCCGGAUCAACCGUUUGAGCACGUUCUACUCAGCGCUGGAGAACGCCUGCGUCGCGCAGAGACGCUGGAAGGUGCCCAACCCGGUGCUCCGGGGCGUCCUCCGGAAGAUCGUGUCGGAGAACGUCGUUCCGGCCUAUCGCCGGUAUCUGGAGGACCAUCCAGAAGUUGAAGUGGCCGCUGGGCGCACCGCGGAGGAGCUGGAGCAGCAGUUGUCGGAAUUGUUUGAAGGAUAGAAGACGGAAUUUCAUUGGAGUUGCGUCGUUCGGUAGCUCGCUGUGUCAUCUUGGCCCUUUUGAAAAUCCUUUUAUACAUAUAGAUCUAUAAAAAAAUAAUACUUAAAAAUAGGCGG